UUGAAGCAGUCAGCUGAGCACAACUUGUGCGGACGCGGCUCUAACCUCGUACAACAUGCGGGAUCACAAGGAAAACGUUUAACCCUGUGCACAGUUUGUCAUUCCAACGUGUACAGAAAACAAUCCAGUUAAACACCCUCCCUUUAAAUCAACUUCUCCGUUCUUUUUUCUCGUGAAGAUUGCCAGUUUGGAGGCUGUUGCACUGGGGUUUUGGAGGUGCAUUUGACGGCUCACAUCAAUUGCGGCGAUUCUGAUCAUGGCCUUAGCUGGAUGCCCAGACUACUUCCUCCACCAUCCAAACUACCAGGACAAUGUUGACCGGACCCCGUCUCACAGACCGUCCAAUCUCAUUGGUUCAAGCUUCCAGCAGUCCUCUAAUCUGAACUCUCCUAAUCAUCCAGAGGAUGAUGUAGAUCUGGAGGCCCUGGUGAAUGACAUGGCCUCUCUUUCAUCCUAUGAGAGCAUCUAUGCAACCUGUGGGACCCAGCAUUCGGACUCCGCCCCCCUCUUGCACCGCACCGAUGGCAGUGGGCUCCAUGGCAACAGAGCGGCCCCACAGCUACGGGCCCCAAGUAAUAAAGUGACCGCCCCCCACUCUCCAGCCCAAAAGCUCCGGGGAUCUCAGCCAAUGCACAUACAGGCUGUCAGGCGACUUCAAGAAGAAGAGUUGCAAGUUCGUCCUGCGUCUUUGCCAGCUAUUCCGAACCCUUUCCCUGAGCUCUGCAGCCCCUCGGGAUCUCCUGUGCUGAGUCCUGGAUCUCUGCCACAGCCAUCAGAAUCACAUAUCAUCAAAGUUUUCAGCGAGGAUGGUGUGGGAAAAGUUGUGGAGGUCCCUGCCGACAUGACGGCCAGAGAUGUGUGUCAGUUCCUGGUCUACAAGACCCACUGCCUGGAUGACAACUGCUGGUCGCUAGUGGAGCAUCAUUCCCUGCUUGGUCUGGAGAGGUGCCUGGAAGAUCAUGAAGUGGUGGUUGCAGUGCAGGCCUGCAUGUCUCCAGAGAGCAAGUUUCUCUUCAGGAAGAACUACGCCAAGUACGAGUUCUUCAGAAACCCACUGAACUUCUUUCCGGAGCAGAUGGUUGCAUGGUGUCAGGAAUCUAAUGGCUCUAUCCCACAGUCCCAGCUCUUACAGAAUUUCUUGAAUUCCAGCAGCUGUCCAGAGAUCCAGGGCUUCCUUUAUUUGAAAGAGACGGGCCGAAAGUCCUGGAAAAAGCACUACAUGUUCUUGCGGCGUUCUGGGCUGUACUGCUCUACUAAAGGAAUGUCUAAGGAGCCAAGGCACCUGCAGUUACUGUCAGACUUGGAGGAGAGCAAUAUUUUCACUGUGACCACGGGCAGAAAGAUGCACAAUGCGCCCACAGACUUCCAAUUCUGCAUUAAGCCCAGUAAGGGCAGGACUGAACUGAAGGAGUUGAAGAUGCUGUGUGCCGAGGACGAGCAGAGCCGAACGUGCUGGAUGACUGCUUUCAGACUGCUCAAGUUUGGAAUUCUGCUAUAUCAGAACUACAAGACCCCACACCAGAGAAAGACUGCCAUAUCAAACUUCACUACACCUGUGCGGAGUGUGUCUGAGAAUUCGCUGGUCGCCAUGGAUUUCUCAGGAAGGACGGGUCGUGUGAUUGACAACCCUGUGGAGGCUCAAAGCGCUGCCAUGGAAGAGGGACACACUUGGAGAAAGCGAAGUCAGAGAAUGAAUGUUUUGGGAAGCCCUAGUCCUCUACAUCCCUCACCGUUAAGUUCAGUGAUUCACAGGACGCAGUUAUGGUUCCACGGCCGCAUUAUGAGAGAGGAAUCCCACAGGAUGAUUAUGCAGCAGGGCCAAGUUGAUGGGUUAUUCCUAUUGAGAGACAGCCAGAGCAAUCCAAAAGCAUUCGUACUCACUUUGUGCCAUCAUCAGAAGAUUAAACACUUCCAGAUUUUACCUUUUGAGGAGGAUGGCCAGGUCUUUUUUAGUCUUGACGACGGCUCUACCAAGUUCACAGACCUGAUCCACCUGGUAGAGUUCUACCAGCUCAACAGGGGUGUCCUGCCCUGCAAACUCAAACACCCCUGCACCAUGGUGGCCUUAUGACCCCCUCCUGAACCUGACAACACACACAAAUAUAACGGAGAAACAGGAUUUUUUUUUUUUUUUUUUUAUAUAAUUUCCGUUCAUUUUCACAAUAAGUUGACGCAACCCACGGGCAUGAAAAUGAUCUCCAUUUUUCUCACUGCUCUGGGAUUAGCAUAAAAGGUUUGGGAAUAAUUAUAGGACAAAAUCAACUUUUCCAGACACCCUGUCCUUUGGUUUUGACAAGGGUGCCUGAAUGGUUUUUAUUUUAAUUUUAUUAGUCUCUGUGGUGAACUUUCACUGAAUUCAAGAUUUUUUCUUCAUUCAGGACAUGACAGCAGACACACACCCCAUGAACUGAUUGGAUCGGGACGGUCGUUUCGUUUGGUGUGUCUGCGGGGACUUGCAUUGCAAAAAGUUACUUGAUGACAAUUGAUAUGUAUUGUGUUAUUUCCUACCUGAACGUUUUGCACUCUCAAGCUGAAAACAGGUGAUCCACUUCAUCCUGAGCUUACCGCAACAACUGUUACCCAUUUGCCUUCCUCCUACCGUUCACCCUUUCUGUCGUUUGUCCUCUUCUGAACUCUUCCUGGGGAUUCCCUGUGUAAUGAUGGGAUAAGUGCAAAGGCAAUGACAGUACUGACCAUUUGAGGUGUGACAUCCUCAGUGACAGCCAAAUAACAUAACCCGGUCUUUCAUACAUCGCUAUGUCUGUGUCUGCAAGGAGGGACUAGCCUCAAGGGGUGGCAGACUUGCACUUCAUUAAAUGAUACUUGAUUGCUAUGCUUUUCCAGCAUACGAAUUAGUUAAGUUUGGAGUUCUAAUCAAGCUUUGCCUUAAAGGAAUGUUCUGGGUUAAAUAUAACUUAAGCUCCAUCGACACUAUCUGUCACAUGCUGUCGAUUACAACAGAAAAUGUGCUUUGAAAUAC